AUGCUGGUGAAAACACUCCUCAUAAUCAUCACUCUGUACUUGCUCUUUCCAACGAUUCAUGCAAAUCCUCUGAAUAACGUUGCAUUGCAAUGUUGUGGAUCGAACGCAUCACAGUGCUGCUUAUCACACUUGAUUGCUAAUGAACCGCUGUUUGGUUGCGGAGAACCGACUGAAGUCAGCGAUAUGACUGUUUGUGUUGAGGAAUUGUUGUGGAAUGAAUCCAUUUUCAGCUAUAGACUGGAUGAAUGCUGUCAAUACUUAUAUCCGAGCGAAUGUUCAUCCAGCUGUCGGCAAUAUCUGCAAACGCCAACUCGAAGUGUCGCCUCUAAGCUAUCCUUUACGGUCAACUGUCCACUACCCGAUCAAAUUCCACUCGACGACAAUUGCGUGGCCAGUAUCAAACGUAAACUGCAUAAAUGCUUCGGUGUGUGCAUCAACCGAAGAGGUGUACAUCUUCCGUACGAACCACACGCUCACUGUCCGGCAGUAUCUGAUCCUGAAGAGCUCGACCCUUGCAUCGGCGAUGAGAUUUAG